CCUGGGCUUAGGACAGCAAAACUGAAAUACAAAAUGAUCGGGCUCUAACAUUCACAUGGAUGUGAUUUGUUUCUGUGAGUUCAUUCUUCUAUUUAGAGAAAGAUAUUGCUACCCUCCCUUCUGCACUGACACAGUUGCCAAAAUAACCGCUCUUACUAACUGGCAGCUUUAAAAGCCAGCCUGCAGCUGACUUUGAAACAGAAGGUCAGCAAAGGGAGCAACAGACUUCAAUUCAGAGCUUUAAUGGGAGCCAUUGACCACAGCAAAAGGCCUUGACUGGAGUGUCUAGAGUGUGCUUUGCACAGGCCAAAAAGUCACUUUCAUAUUCUUUGAACCUUUUGUAUAAACCUAUAUAUUUUUCACUCUGUGGAUUUCAAGAUGAAUGUGCAGCCGUGUGCUAGAUGUGGCUAUGGGGUUUACCCUGCUGAGAAGAUUAACUGUAUAGAUCAGACAUGGCAUAAAGCCUGUUUUCACUGUGAAGUAUGCAAGAUGAUGUUAACAGUAAACAACUUUGUUAGCCAUGAGAAAAAGCCUUACUGUCAAGCAUCAAUAAAAUAUCGAGAAGAGAGUGAACAAUUCAAAUCAGUCUUCCAGUGGGAUGCAAGGUCCAGAGAAAUUGAAAGUGUCUAUAAAGCCCAACAGCUGGCUACCCAGAAUGCUUACUAUGCUGCCUAUGAGGAAGGAAAAUCGUGGUACCCAGGAACAAUCCCAGAUCCUGAGAUGGUCAAGAUAACACAGGCACAGAAGGCUCUGAGUGAUUUGAAAUACACAGAAGACUUUGAAGAACGGAAGGGAAAAGGCAGCUUUCCUGCUAUGAUCACUCCAGCUUAUCAAAUAGCCAAGAGAGCAAAUGAAUUAGCCAGUGAUGUAAAGUAUCAUCAAAGAUAUGAAAAAGAGAUCAAGGGAAAAGCCAGCCAUACAGCUGGAACAGAUGUUGCUUUUGCAAGAGAAAAUGUAGAUCAAUAUGGACAGGGAUAUAUGGAUGAGUUUGAGGAACGCAGAGGGAAAGGAAGCUUUCCUGCUAUGAUCACUCCGGCUUAUCAAAAUGCCAAGAAAGCAAAUGAAUUGGCAAGUGAUAUAAAAUACAAGAAAGAUCUUUCCAAGAUGAAAGGUGCAGCUCACUUUCACUCCCUAACAGCUGAAGACAACUUGGUCCUUAAACAAGCCCAAAGUGUUAACAAGCUUGUCAGUGAGGUGGAGUACAAGAAGGAUCUUGGAAACAACAAAGGCUACAGCAUGAAUUACUGUGACACUCCACAAUUCAAGAAUAUGAGCAAGAUCUCAAAAUUCACCAGUGAUGUAAGUUUUCAGUUCUUUGUGUAUAGCUGCUGGAAUCACAGGUCACUGUGUAUGCUUCAGAUAAAUAAUGAGAUGAAGGGUCACUAUGUGGGUAUUGGCAUGGACAAGAAGAUGCUCCAUGCCAUGAAAGUUGGCAGCUUGGCAAGCAAUAUAGCCUAUAAGUCUGAUUACAAACAUGAUGGUGUUGACUACAAUUACCCAGCUACUCUCACUCCUUCAUACCAGACAACGAGGAAGUUGGUCCCUUUGAAAGAUGUAAACUACAGGCAAAGCAUAGACAAGCUGAAGUACAGCUCUGUUGCCAGCACACCACAAAUUGCUCAAGCCAAAAUAAAUGCGCAGCAGCUCAGACCUAAUACUUGUUUGAACUACCGAGCCCAGUAUGAGAAGACAAAAACAAAUUACACUCUACCUCAGGAUGUACCACUGUUAGUGAAAGCAAAAGCCAAUGCUGAGUUAUACAGUGAGAUUAAGUACAAAGAAGGCUGGGAGAAGAGUAAGGGCCGGGGCUUUGAAAUAAAACUUGAUUCUCUGCCUUUACUUGCUGCCAAAGCUUCAAGAGAUCUUGCCAGUGAUAUUAAAUAUAAAGAAGAAUAUGAAAGAACAAAAGGAAAAACAACUGAAACCAAGGACUCAAGACUUUUGCACUCUCUGAAGGUGGCCAAGAUGAGUAGUGAGAUUGCCUACAAAAAAGGUUUUGAGGAGAGCAAGGCCAAUUUCCACCUGCCCAUGGAUAUGAUAAACCUGAGGCAUGCUAAGAAGGCUCAGGCACUUGCCAGUGACUUGGAUUAUAGAACCAGACUCCAUGAGUACACAGUGCUCCCAGAAGAUAUGAAGACCAAGUGGGCAAAGAAGGCCUAUGAUCUCCAGAGUGAUCUCCAAUAUAGGGCAGACCUGACAUGGAUGAAAGGAGCUGGAUGUAUCACAGAAGGAAGUCUUAAUAUACAACAAGCCAAAAAAGCAGGAGAUUUAGUCAGUGAGAAAAAGUACAGGCAGAAGGCUGAUGCUCUGAAGUUCACCAGUGUGGCUGACAGUUCUCAGAUCAAGCAUGCCAAGAAAAGCCAGGAACUUCAAAGUGAUGUUGCCUAUAGGUCAGGGAAAGAGCAGUUUCUUCAUCAGUACACCAUCAGCAAAGAUGACCCUGUCUUCAUGCUGGCCAAAGCAAAUGCUGCCAAUAUCAGUGAGAAGCUCUACAGGAGUAGCUGGGAGAAGCAGAAGGAAAAAGGAUUUGUGCUUCGUUUGGAUGCUUUGUCAUUCCUGACAGCUAAGGCAAAGAGGGAUCUGGCAAGUGAUGUUAAAUAUAAGGAAGGUUAUGAGAAGAUGAAGGGUAAGCUCAUUGGAGUAAAAGCUGUGGAGGAAGAUUCGCAGAUGGCUCAUUCCCUGCAGAUGUCAAAGCUGCAGAGUGAUCUGGAGUACAAGAAAGCCUUUGAGGGCACAAAGAGUCAGUUCCAGAUCCCCAUGGAUAUGGUUAACCUUGUUCAUGCCAAAAAGGCUCAGAAUCUGGCCACAGAUAUAGGAUACAAGACAUCUCUCCAUCAGUACACAGCCCUGCCUACUGACAGGAGGGUGGCAUGGGCCAAGUGGGCCUACGGAUUGCAAAGUGAUAACCGAUACAGAGCAGAUUUGAACUGGAUGAAAGGAGCUGGAUGGAUAGCCACUGGGUCAUUAAAUGUGGAACAGGCUAAGAAGGCAGGAGAACUCAUUAGUGAGAAGAAGUACCGUCAGCAUCCAUAUGCUUUGAAGUUUACCAGUAUUAAAGACACUCCUGAGAUGAUCCAGGCUAGAAUUAGUUAUAACCAGGCUGUGGAUAGGCUGUACAAGGAGCAUGGAGAGAGUAUAAAACAUCAGUAUACACCAACGACAGAUCUUCCUGAAAUCCUUCAGGCCAAAUUAAAUGCUAUGAAUAUCAGUGAGGCUCGUUACAAGGAGUCCUGGAGAAGGAUGAAGGAUGGUGGCUAUCAGCUGAAACUGGAUGCCAUCCCCUUCCAGGCAGCAAAGGCUUCGAGUGCAAUCAUAAGUGAUCACAAAUAUAAGGAGGCUUUUCAGAAAAUGAAAGGGCAGAUGGCUGGCUCAUGUGGCCUGGAUGGUGACAUUCAUAUUGCUCAUUCAGUCCAUGCAACAUCUCUGCAGAGUGAUGUGAAAUACAAGCAAGGUUUUGAGGACACAAAGUCUCACUUCCACCUGCCACUGGAUAUGAUACAGUUGGUCCAUGCCAGGAGAGCCCAGUCGCUGGUGAGUGAGCAGGAAUACAGGCAGCUGCUCCACCAGUACACGGCUUUGACUGACGACGUGAGGCUGCGCUGCGCCAAGAACGCCCACAAACUGCAGAGUGAGAAUUUGUAUCGUUCUGACAUGAACUUUAUGCGAGGCGUUGGAUGUAUUACCCCAGGGGCCCUGGAGAUUGAAGGAAAGAAGAAAGCUUCUGAACUCAUCAGCGAGAGUAAAUAUCGUCAGCAGCCACAUUCCUUCAAGUACACAUCGGUGACAGACUCUCCUGGCCUCCUUCAUGCAAAAUUCAGCAAUAUGAUUGCUAAUGAGCGCCUGUAUAAAGCAGCAGGAGAGGACAGUCGGCAUCACUACACACCAACGCUGGGUCUGCCAGAGUUUACACGGGCAAGAAUAAAUGCAGCCAACCUCAGUGAUGCAAAAUACAGAGAAUCUUGGCAUAAUCUACGUGCUCAAGGCUACAAGCUGACAAUGGAAGCACUCCCGUUCCAGACUGCCAGGGCCUCCAGAGAAAUUGCCAGUGAUUACCAAUAUAAACACAAUUUUGUGAUGGAGAGAGGAAAAUGCAUUGGUGCCAGAAGUGUUCUGGAUGACGCCAGGCUGCUGCACUGCUUGCAUGCUGCCAAAUUACAGAGUGAACAAGAGUACAAGAAGGGAUCCCAAGAUGUGUGGUCUCAGUUUCAUCUGCCCAUGGACAUGGUCAAUCUUGUCCAUGCCAGGAAAGCCCAGGCCUUAGCGAGUGACCAAGACUACAGAAAGAGACUCCAUGAAUUUACAGCACUCCCGGAAGACAUGAAGAUGAAGUGGGCCAAAAGAGCCCACAUGCUACAGAGUGAGCAUCGCUAUAAAUCAGACCUGAACUUCAUGAAAGGAGUUGGUUGGAUGGCUCUGAGAUCUCCGCAGAUAGAAAGUGUAAAGAAGGCUGGAGAGCUCAUCAGUGAGAUAAACUACCGUCAAAAGCCAGAAAGUCUGAAGUUCACUGCUGUGGUUGACUCUCCAAGUUUGAUUCAUGCCAAAAACAGCUACCUCCAGUGCAAUGAUAGACUGUACAAGGCCGGAGGUUCCGAAGGCAGGCACAGGUACACCCUGCCUCCUGAUCAUCCCGAUUUUAUCCGAGCCCGCCAGAAUGCACUGUACAUCAGUGAUAAAUUGUAUAAAACAUCUUGGGAACAGUCAAGGGCAUCUGGCUAUGAUUUUAGGAUUGACGCCAUCCCAUUCCAGACAGCAAAGGCUUCAAGAGAGAUUGCUAGUGAUUACAAAUACAGAGAAGCCUUCCUGAGAGACAGAGGCCAGCAGAUUGGAUUCCUCAGUGCAAAUGAUGAUCCCAAAAUCAGACAUGUCCUCAGAGUGGGGAAACUCCAGAGCGACCUCCAGUACAGGAGUGAUUAUGCCCUAAACAUGGCACAGUUCCAGAGUCACCUCAACCAGCCAGGAUUCCUCCAUGCCAAGAGAAGUCAGCAGCUUGCAAGCAAUGUUAAUUACAGGCAGCCCCUGCACCAAUACACUUGUGACCCUGAGCAGCUAAAUGUGAAACACGCAAAGCAGGCCUACGAGCUGCAGAGUGACGUAAAAUACAAGUCUGACUUGAACUGGCUCAGAGGCAUUGGCUGGACUCCCCCAGGUUCCCACAAAGUUGAAAUGGCAAGAAGAGCUGCUGAGCUGGCAUACCUUCGGGAAAUGGGAUUGCUGCGUGCUUCUGCUCAGUACAGACCUGACCAGUUGGAGACAGAAGGAUCUCAGCAAGUUGGAGUCAACCCUGAUGCUUCAGAAAUUCUGCAAGUCAAGAGAAGGCAAAUGCAGCUCUACCAGAAGUAAACAGAAACAUGACAUAGCAUGAAUAGAUUUUCACCUUGUCCUGCAAAUUCUGUAGCUUUUCCAGUUUUCUGGGAAACAUAAUAGAUGGCAUUUAAGAAUUUUUGUUUUAACAAGCAACCAAAACAUUGCAAUUUAUAACUGAUCAUUUUAUUUUUGUGUGGAUACUUUGUGAUUUACCACUGAAUAUAUUACAGAUUCUGCUAUUUAUUUAAAGCUGUAAAUGAAAUUAGUACUAGAUGACUGGCAGGCUCAGCUUUGUACUACAGAUGGUAGAAUAUGAAAUAAUUUGUAAUGAAUAAAUCAGGUGACUCUUA